ACUUUUCUGCCCAAGGUGGCUUUGAACCGUGACCCUCAGAUCUUAGCUACCUGAGUAGGUAGGAUAACAGGCAUGAGCCACCAGUGCCUGGCUGAACCCAGAGUCUUAUGCUUAUGCACAGUGCAUUCUACCACAAAAUUCUGUCCCUACUCUUCCAAAUGUUUAAACUGAUUUUUUUCCCCAAUACUGGGGUUUGAAUUCAGGACCUCUCACUUCAACUAAUGCUCUACAACUUGAGCAGUGCCUCUAGUUCAGCUUUAUUUUUGGACAUUUCUGUGGUGCAUCCUGUAAUCAUAGCCUUGGGGAGCGUAAGGCAGGAGGAACUCAAGUUCCAGGUACAAACAGGUUACCUAGGCAAGAUCCUAUCUUGAAAAAAAAAAGUUAAUAUUAUGUCAAUCUAGUUCUUCUCUCUAGAGGCCAAUAAAACUACUGGGAGCCAGGUGCUGGUGGCUCAGGCCUGUGGUCCUAGCUACUCAGGAGGCUGAGAUCUGAAGAUUGUGGUUUGAAGUCACCCUCAGAUCUGUAGCUCAGCUGGAGUUGAUGUAAAUGUGGUCAUGCUUCAGGAAUCCCAAGCUUAUGAUAUGACUACCAGCCGACAAUUCUGUUAUAAAAAUGUGUUUACCCCAAAGUGGCAUGAUAUAUGGACCCGGAUCCAGAUCCGGGUAAAUAGUUCCAAAUUGGUCCGAGUCACCCAGGUGGACAAUGAGGAGAAACUGAAAGAGCUGGAGCAGUUUAGUAUCUGGAACUUCUUUUCCUCCUUUUUAAAAGAGAAAUUGAAUGAUACCUAUGUUAAUGUGGGUCUAUACAGCACAAAAACCUGCCUCAAAGUUGAGAUUAUAGAGAAGGACACCAAGUACAAUGUCAUUGUGACCCGGAGAUUUGACCCCAAACUCUUCCUCAUCUUCCUCCUUGGACUACUACUAUUUUUUUGUGGAGACUUGCUGAGCAGGAGUCAAAUUUUCUACUAUUCCACUGGAAUGAGUGUGGGAAUUGUGGCUUCUCUACUAAUCAUCAUUUUUAUACUAUCUAAGUUUGUGCCUAAGAAAAGUCCCAUUUACAUCAUCCUGGUGGGAGGCUGGUCCUUUUCUCUGUACCUCAUUCAGCUAGUUUUUAAGAAUUUGCAAGAAAUCUGGAGGUGUUACUGGCAGUAUCUUUUAAGCUAUGUCCUCACAGUUGGAUUCAUGAGUUUCGCGGUAUGUUACAAGUAUGGGCCCUUGGAAAAUGAAAGAAGUAUCAAUCUGCUGACCUGGACCUUGCAGCUGAUGGGCCUCAGUUUCAUGUAUUCUGGCAUCCAGAUACCUCAUAUUGCCCUUGCUCUUAUCAUCAUUGCACUGUGUACUAAGAACCUGGAGUAUCCUAUUCAGUGGCUGUACAUCACCUACAGAAAGGUGUGUAAGGCAACAGAAAAGCCUGUCCCCCCUCGUCUUCUGACAGAAGAAGAGUAUCGGAUACAAGGAGAGGUGGAGACCCGAAGGGCUUUAGAGGAGCUCCGAGAAUUUUGUAAUAGUCCAAACUGCUCUCCAUGGAAGACUAUCUCUCGAAUCCAGUCCCCCAAAAGAUUUGCAGACUUCAUAGAAGGCUCUUUCCAUCUUACACCAAAUGAAGUUUCUGUCCAUGAGCAGGAGUAUGGAUUAGGGAGCAUUAUUGCCCAGGAUGAUGAACUGUCCUCUGAGGAGGAGGAGGAGGACUCAGGCUCUCCAUGUGCCAUUGUCACACAGAACAACUUCCAGAUUUAGGUGGUGCUCAGUUCUUUUCCUACAGACUGGCUUGGUGCCCCAGUGAUCCAUGUUGCAAGUGCCAUGCAAUUCUUCCAUGCCUUUCUAGCAGACUGAAGAAAGUGCAGAAAUUCUCUUAUUGAAAUGAGAAGCCUGAGUAGUUCUCCCUCUAGGAGUGGUCUUCCUGGUCUCCGUGGGAUCCUAAAGGAGAGUGGAUAAAAUAGUGAGUGCUGUGGCAGUUUGCUUCCUACUGGUUAAGCUAUCAGCCCACUUUUCUGUUCCUAAAGAAAUUGGAUGGCCAGAACCAGCAUGACAUUCUAGUUCUUUAAAGUUGAUUCGAUCAUGGCAUUUCUUUCACUGUGCCUGGCCCUCUGGAGUGGGAAUUGUAAGUGCAAUAAUGCUUUUAGACCAUCAGCUGCAUCUGCCAGAGAGACAUUCUCUCUGAGCUUCCUUCAUUUCCACUUGUUUCAGCAGCUGUGGAAUAGUCCCCAAUUUAAUGAUUUUGACAGGAAGUGGAUUUUUGUCUGCCUUGUUUUUAAAUAUAUGAAAUAUAUUUAAAUAUAUUUUUUGAAGUGUAACAAAUUCAUAUUUCCAAACCAGCAAGACCUGUUGGCCACUAGGUAUUUAUUAAUGUGGAUCCAGUAAAGCCCCAGGAGCUGUUGUGUUGAGCUUUGAAUUCAUUUUCACAUAUGAUAUUCUGAGUCCUGCUUGGUUUUCUAGGCUCAUACUUCUAGGUCAACUCUCUUAAACUUUUUAUUAUAUUCAAUAUUUGACGUUAAGAAAUGCAUUUUUCUUUCCCAUUCCUUGCCCAUUUUCUCAUUCACAAAGGGUCUAUUCCCUCAGUUGUGGAAUAUUCAUAUAAUUCAUAACAUCUCUCUUCAUAUAUUAUAUGCAUAUGCACAUAUGUAUGUAUAUAUGACAGGGUAUCUGUCCUGUGAAGCCCAGGAUAGCUUCAAACUCAAAAUCCUCUUGGUACAUCCUCUCUAGUACUGUGAUUACAGCCAUGGGCCAUCGUGAUAGUUCCUUGUUUCAUUUCUUACCUUCCUUUUCAUUGGCUUUUAGUAUUAUUCCUGGUAGCUAGGAGAAAUGAUCUUGCUUACCCCACUUCUUUUUUCUGUUACCAGGUCUCAUCUUUGAGUUGCUAUGGAUUCAAGAAACUAUUUCUUUUCCCUCUGUAUCCUCAUUCUAGUCAUUCCUUUUUGCCUUCCCUUACCCCUUAUAUUCUCCCAUGUCUAGUUUAUUUGUAAGCUCUGAAACCACCUAUGAAGUUUCUCUUUUCUUUUCUCAUCUCAUCUUGUCUCAUCUGCCUCUUUUCUGAAAUAGGGUCCCAAUAUGUGGUCUAGGCUGAUCUUCAAUUUGAGAUUUCCCUCUGCCUCAAUUUCCCUAGUGCUGGGAUUAUAGGCAUAUACUACCACACCUGGUUUGAAGUUUUUCAAUAAACAUUUUGUGCUAGAUAGUUUUCACAAUUUGCAUUGCUAGCAAAAUAGCCCUCUAUGUUAUCUUCACACAUCUAUCUGAAUCCUCAUUCAGCAAUCAGAACCAGAUGCAUUUUCCCCUAAACUUACUAUAUACUUACUUGCAAUUCUGUUUCUGACCAGAGAUCUAUGCUGCCUUUUAUUACAAUGACAUUAGUUUCAGAAUCUUUUGUCAUUGGAAAGACUGCUUAUAAACCAGCAAUGUCCUUUAUGAGGGAGUAAAUUCCUUCAGACCUGCCAUUUGCUGGGCUCUUUCUUUGUGAUCUUCACCCUCAUACCUUUAGCCAGGAAGGUACACACAAGUGUGCAGUGUCAGACUUACUCUCUUAAGAAGGAAGAUGGUUUUUAAAAAAGUUGUUGUGACUACUUUAGACCAGUUCCUUGGUGUGUAAUUUUGAAAGGCUCUGGGUUCAUUCCAUUGCCAACUUCCAAAAUGUCAGCUCUGAGAUUCCUUCCACAGUCUUAGACUGUUCUAACGUGACAACUACCUCAACUGGCAGAAAGAGAUGCAUACAGGACAGUGAACAAUAAUCAGUAUUUGGGAAGGUGCUCUGGGUUAAAGUUAUAGUACUAGGAACUUAAUCUCAGGAAAUCUUUAUGCCUUGGUGAUUUAGGUAUACAACGUUUUGUCAUUCUACAAAGAAAUAUUAAAAUUUCUUGAGGGGCUUGGGUAAAAUGCUUACCUAGCAUGCAUGGGCCUCUGGAUUUCAUCUAUAGCAUAAAAAUAAAAUCAUUCUGAAGUUCCUUUUUCCUUAUUUAUAAGUGAAUAGUAUAUUUGAGUAUAAGUUGAUUUUAGUGACUCAACUGUUCUCUGGAGACCGUGGUGUCUAUCCCAAGUUCCUUAUAGAGGGGGUGACUUGCUCCAGAGUGACUUUUUCCCAUACAUGUCACUAUUUCAAGGAGAAGACAUCUCGAAACUGGGAAAGAUUCUCCUCCUGUGUAGUAAGCUUCUUGUGAAAUAUAGUUUUAAUCUCAAGAUCUGUUUUCCUGUUUAAAUUUGGGUUGAAUAAAAUUAAAUUGAUUUUAUGAUUCCCUAUAUGGUAGUUGAACUGAGUUAAGGUAUUGGAGAUGACAGUCGUGAGGAGCUCUCAGACAGUGAAGGACGAUAUCUGUGUUGUGCUGCAUGGCCUUGCCUUGCCUGCCGGUGUGGCUCUGCCCAGCUGCUUCAGAGCCUCUGUCUGUGUGCCCGGAGAUUGCUUGACUCUGUAAACCUUCUUUAGUUGCCGCUCUUGUCUCCCUCUUGGCCACUUAGUCUGCUGGCUCAGCCACUACUUGAAGCCCCUAUUUAAUUUUCCCUGGCAGUUAUAGCUCAUGCAAUUUCAGCACAGUCUCAUAUCUCCUACCAAUCUCAUCAAGAAGGAUUGAAGGGAUAACUGGAGUGAGCUGGACAUCGGAGCCAUGUUUGCUGCCAUGUCAGCGUCUUGCUCGGCAAAUAUCAAUCUGUAAAUUGGCUCCAGAGUUCAAGGUCAUCAGCAUUGGAAAAAUCUAUUGCCUUAAUUUGUCUGACCCAAGCUGUGUAGAACAUGACCACCAUUAAUGGGAAUACAAAAG